CUCCAGAGCAAAUUUGGCUCAAUAUUCAGGGUCCAGGAACACAGUGUUUGUGCUAGCGGCUCUGCGAAGGCAGCCGGACUGUGGAACGCGUCGCGGGACCAUGCUUCCAAUGGCUUCGGUGACGGCUCGCUCGGUCUUGGCCGCCCUCUCUUUGGCGACGGUCGGCGGAGGCAACAAGGUCAACGACGCAUUCUGGGGCCUGCUCGACGACAUGGCGACAGAUGGUAGCGACAAGAGCGAUGUCACCACAGUGGCGGAUAUGCUCGAUCACGGUGCUGGAAUCCAGGUCGAGGACUGUGGCGAAAAGAUGGACGUGAUGCACGUUGCGCGCACGGAGUUCAGCCGCGCCCACCUCCAGGUGCGCGCCUACGGGAACCUCUCGCGCAGCGUGUCGGGGGGCACAGUCAGCGUGAAGAUGUACAAGGGAUCGGCUGCCGGAGGGUCGUCCACUGCAGAUUGGAUGAAGCGCGAGCUCGCGUGGCACAGUGUCCCUCACAAGUACGAGGAGGAGCUGUGCAAACACUUUGGCAGGAGCCACAGCAAACGUGGCUGCCCCCUUCCCGCUGGCAAUAUCGAGCUGCGCUUCGCCCUUGACGAGCUGCCGCCGAUGGUGUUAGCUGGCGCCUACAGGUUGAAGAUCAGAGCCAUCGAUGCUGCCGGCAAUCACGUGGCGUGCUUGCAGGCGAACGUGCAAGUCCCACGGGGCAAGAGCGGCGAGCUCUUCCGACGGAUUCAAGCGUUGCCCAAUGCUCACAAUGGACGGGCUCUGACGUCGGGAGCUUCAGAUUGCAACUGCGACUUCUCGGACCCAGUUUGCGGUGAUAACGGGCUGACCUACGACAGCGCUUGCCAAGCCCAUUGCUCUAGUGCCAAGGUUGCGUAUACGGGCAAGUGUGGCGAUCUGUUACCUUCGGUAGGGAGAGCGCUUUCAUCGGAUAACGGUUGCGUAGCCCAAGCCUACUGCUCAUGCGGGGACAACUUGACGUGCACAGAGGACCCUUGCGGACCGUACACGUCGGCUAUGUGGACCGAUACGUGCAAUUGCAUUGACACCAUCGAACUGUCAGCAGGGUGUGCCAUGGAUGUCUCAGACUGGGCGCAAGGGUCAGGAACAAGGUGGGGACCAUUCUACGAAGACAUUGCUGUUGCGCACGUCGGCAUCGACUACGACACUAUACGAUCCAUUAGGGUGUACCCUGCGUAUCAGACCUGUGAAGACGUUGACGACUGGGUCUCACCUUUUGGUUCGACCUGCUUACAGUGGAGUCAGGAAGGCUGGUGCAUACAUACCAUCUGGUGAGUACCCUUCGUCUUGGGAGUAUGAAUGGGGCACGUUUGAAAACUAUUCGUUCAUGGGGCAUAUGCCUACUGAAGCGUGCUGUGCCUGCGGAGGCGGAGAAUGGACUUGCGAGGGCGACAAAGAUGAAGUGGCCUUGAGUUUUUUCGGAGAAGAGUGCACCGAUACAGCCGCAGAAUGCUACGACACGUUGCAUCGUUCAAUUUGUUGCGACACGUGCAGUGGCGCCAUGGACCAGUGCGUAGACUAUGACGACUGGGUCGUAGAGACCUUCGCCCAAUUGGGAUAUCCAUUCAGCGGUUGCUCGGAUAUAGCAGGACUUUGCCUUCAGCCUGAGCAGAACUACUGGCUGUCGCACGUGUGCUGCGCCACCUGCAGCACGACCACCUGCCAAGGAGACGAGGACGUCUCAGCAUCGCUUGCAACAGGGGCCAGUGGCUGCUAUGAGGCCAUGACCUGGGGCUGGUGCGAAGAUUUUCAGUUUUACCACACUUGUUGCGAUACGUGUUCCAAGUGCGACUGCGAUGAUUACUGGGAACCGGUCUGUGGAUACGAUGGCAUGACCUAUUCGAACUCGUGCGAGGCCGAUUGCUACGCGAAUGGCUACGAGUAUUGGGGGGAGUGCGCAAUUGAAUGUGACUGCGAGGACAACUGGGAACCGUACUGGGGGGAAUGCGCAAGUGAAUGUGACUGCGAGGAUUACUGGGACCCGGUCUGUGGAUAUGAUGGCAUGACCUAUUCGAACUCGUGCGAGGCCGAUUGCUACGCGAAUGGCUACCAGUACUGGGGGGAAUGCGCAAGUGAAUGUGACUGCGAGGAUUACUGGGACCCGGUCUGUGGAUACGAUGGCAUGACCUAUUCGAACUCGUGCGAGGCCGAUUGCUACGCGAAUGGCUACCAGUACUGGGGGGAAUGCGCAAGUGAAUGUGACUGCGAGGAUUACUGGGACCCGGUCUGUGGAUACGAUGGCGUGACCUAUUCGAAUUCGUGCGAGGCCGAUUGCCACGCAAAUGGCUACCUGUUCUGGGGGGAGUGCCACACGUUGUCCUGCGAUGCGUGUGCAGACUCGAACCGGGAUUGUGAAGGUUACGCCGCUUGCGACGACGGGUACUUUGCUGAGCCGGGUGAUUAUUGCGUUCCAGGUUGCUCUCAGUUCUCUCAAUACAUGUGUUUCGGGUGUUUCAUCACUUCCACGAGUACUGCUCCUGCAUGCAGCAGCGCCUUCAUGAUAGUCCUGUUGGUGUCAGCGUUGCUGCGGUGAGGGGUCCUCGCGGUAGCGCUGGCCUUCCUCGCUUGCGCCGCGUGAUCCGAAGAAGUAGCUUUUGCAUGAGCACAGAUUUUCGGACGUCCACGUGGAUCUGUGUGAUUGUUCCUUCUUCUGAGUCUUCUAGCCUGCACUGCGUGAUGAGGAUUCUAGGCGAGCAAGGAAUGGCGGAG